ACACCACCAAAAAAUUGCAAUCAGCCACCAAAGACGAAAACUAAAUAUCGGAAAUUAGAAGAAAAGUUAUAAUUUUCAAAAGAAAGGAAAAUCAAAAGGUUGUGAUAAAAUAGAGAUGGCAUAUCAGAAUCAGGAGUCUCCUAAUAUUUUAUUAACAAAAUCUACCAAAAAAGGGAAUUUUGGUUCUAAAUGCGAGUCUCGUGAUAUUUCACCAAUAAAAGUUGUUAAAGAAGUGUUUAAACAUGACAAAAGUAUUGCAACCAAACGAAAAAGAGAAUUUGAUGAACUUGAUGGAGCUGUUACAAAACUAAAAUGUAAAAAAUCAUCUUUUAUGUCCCUGUUAAAACUUGUUCGUAUUCAAUUUUCAUUGGGGGGUAACAGAAUAAAAUAAUUAACAAUUAAUAGAUGGAUCAUUUUAAAUAAUUUAUAAUUAUGUAUUCUAAGAAACACCAAAUGAAAAUGCUUAUAUAACAUUGCUAUAAAAUAUUAAUAUUGU